UCGUCUUCCUCACGCGUUUCUCCUCAUCAGAUUCUUCUUCACCGGAUCAAAUCAUCAUCAUCAACAACAUUCCCGCCACCUCAAUCAUGUACCCUCCUCCGAUGCUCGUCAAUUGCUCCGGUUGCCGGACACCUCUCCAGCUCCCAUCCGGCGCACGAUCCAUACGCUGCGCUCUCUGCCAAGCUAUAACUCACAUCGCCGAUCCACGCUCCCCUCCUCCUCCUCAUCAACCUCCUUCCUCCGCCGUCGCUCCUCCUCCUCCUCCUCAACACGUCCCCGCGCCUCUAGGUCAGCUUCCUCACCCUCAUGGAAGGAAGAGAGCUGUGAUCUGUGGUAUCUCGUACCGUUUCUCUCGUCACGAGCUUAAGGGAUGCAUCAACGACGCUAAGUGCAUGCGUCAUCUUCUCAUCAAUAAGUUCAAAUUCGCUCCGGAUUCUAUUCUUAUGCUCACUGAGGAAGAAACUGACCCGUAUCGAAUCCCUAACAAGCAAAACAUGAGGAUGGCAUUGUAUUGGCUAGUACAGGGAUGUACAGCAGGUGACUCACUUGUUUUCCACUACUCUGGUCAUGGUUCUCGUCAAAGAAACUACAACGGUGAUGAAGUUGAUGGCUAUGAUGAAACACUCUGCCCUCUUGAUUUCGAAACUCAAGGGAUGAUUGUUGAUGAUGAGAUUAAUGCAACUAUUGUACGUCCGCUUCCUCAUGGUGUCAAGCUUCAUUCGAUUAUUGAUGCUUGCCAUAGUGGAACUGUUCUUGAUUUACCGUUCUUGUGUAGAAUGAACAGAUCUGGGCAGUAUGUGUGGGAAGACCAUAGGCCAAUGUCAGGUUUGUGGAAAGGAACAGCUGGUGGAGAAGCUAUAUCAAUUAGUGGAUGUGAUGAUGAUCAGACUUCCGCGGAUACGUCAGCGUUGUCAAAGAUCACGUCUACUGGUGCUAUGACUUUCUGUUUCAUUCAAGCGAUUGAACGCAGCCCGCAAGGCACAACCUAUGGAAAUAUUCUGAACUCGAUGCGUACAACUAUAAGGAAUACAGGGAGUGGCGGUGGUAUUAGUGUUAGUGGUGGCGGUGGUGGAGUUGUCACGAGUGUGCUGAGCAUGCUUCUGACAGGGGGAAGUGGUAUGGGUGGAUUAAGACAGGAGCCGCAACUUACUGCUUGUGAACCAUUCGAUGUCUAUGCAAAGCCUUUCACCCUCUAGUAAAGACAACUUACUUUUAUGUAUAGCGAGUGCGAUGAGAAUCUGUCCAUUUAUGAAAUGUUCUGUUUUUUUUUUCUUCUUUUAAUUGUUCUUUCAAAAGAAUAAAUUGGAAGAUAUUGAUUCGUUGCUUUAAUAACAAUAUGAUGGACGUGAUUCGGCUGUAUGAUAUGAUGUCUAUGCUGUUAUAUAUGCAGUAGCACGCAAUAUCUCAAUA